AUGACGACCGUGCCAACUCCGUUGGAACGAAUCCUGUUCCAUGUAGCCCGCUAUGUGGCGGAAAACGCUACUUCUGUCCAUGACGACGACCAUGGCUCAGGGAUGGAUGACGAUCAUACCAUCGACGUGCAUGCUGCUGACAGUCAUGGUGAUGACCAUGGUGGUGGACACUCUGAAUUUGGCGUCCACAUUACCUACAAUGAUUUGUACAACUCGAUCGUUUUUCUCACGGCAAUCUACGUGGCUGGAGUCAUCAGUGCGCAAGUCUUGAAAAUGCCCAACUUGGUCGGAGAGGUUUUUGCUGGCAUCAUUCUGGGCCCUCCUCUCUUGGACUUUGUCCCCAAUCCAGAAGCGUGGGUGUUGUUGGGAGAAAUUGGUCUGAUCAUUUUGGUUUUGGAAGCGGGUAUUGACAUUGAUGUAUCCACGUUGAAGCUGAUUGGUACUCGUGGUUUCUUGAUUGCCGUCAUUGGGUCGAUUCUGCCAAUUGCACUGGGUAUGUUCAUUGCAUGGGCCAUCGAUGCAGGAGAUACCAAAGCCAUCAUCGCCGCCGGUGCCGUAUUUGGACCCACUUCCUUGGGAAUUGCCUUGAAUAUUUUACGUGGAGGUGGUAUUCUGAAUACUCCUGUUGGACAAUUGAUCAUUUCGGCGGCUGUCAUUGAUGACAUGAUUGCCUUGAUUGUUCUGUCACAGCUAGAAUCAUUGGUGGGAGAAAUCACCGUCGCUGGAAUUCUCAUCCCGGUCGUCUCCGCAACGUUGUAUCUCGUGGUAGGUGGAUACAUUGCCAUUUGGGUCGCUCCGCCGCUUUUGGAGAAAUACAUCACGGGGAAAGCAGGACCGGAAAACAAGGACAAAAUGGAAAUGGCAAUCAUGUUUGGCUUGGUGCUGGCUUUGAUGCCGGCGACCUACUACAGCAAGGCGUCCUAUCUGAUGGGAGCCUUUGUCGCCGGUCUCACUUUCUGUACCAGUCAUGAGCUUCACACGCUCUUUGUACGACAAUUCAAACGACUCUUGCAAUGGUUGAUGCGAGUCUUCUUUGCGGCUAGUAUUGGAUUCCAAGUGCCCAUUAAAGAUUUCGGCAAUGUGACCGUCAUUUGGCAAGGUUUGGUCUUUACCCUGGCGCUGCUCGGAAAGUUGGCUGUGGGAUUUCUGGUCCCCAACUUUACGCAAUCCAAAAGCUUUACCAAUCAGCAUUUGCGAGACUGUCUCAUCACCGGUUUCAGUAUGGCAGCAGAAGGAGAAUUCGCCUUUGUCAUUGCUGUUUAUUCUGUCGACAAUGAAUUGAUUUCCAAGGACUUGUACGCCAGUGUGGUUCUGGCUGUCUUGAUCAGUACCGUCAUCCCUCCCUUUGCUCUCCGAUUCACAAUCAGUUACUACAACAAAAAGGCAGAAGAGGCAGUGCAGCAAGCCGUCAAGGAGGAAAUGAAUCGAAAUCACGAUUUGGAAAGUACUGUAGACGAACCCGAUCGGGCGCAUAAAUUGGAGGAAGGAAUUCGAAACAAGUCGGCCGUAUUCUUGUGUAUCCAGACUCAGUCUUCAGCUUCUUGGGGCCUCAUGCACCGCCUCAUGGCAACAAUGGCUAGGCUGGGAAUGGAAGUCAUUGACCAUCGCGCUUGGUCUCCUCGAGGUGUGAAUACGACUCUUGUGAACGAGAUCUACGUCAAGGACACCCUUGAAGUCUCGAAAGGAGCCAGCAAGGAGGAACUUGAAAAGCGAAUUGCUGAAAUCACCCAGGAACUGAUGGAUACUAUCAAUCAACCGGAAGUUGCUAAGGUCAAGGUCCAGCGCUGGUACCCUGGAGUUGUCGAGGAGUACACGGAAGAAGUGGAUGAAAACCAAAGGGUACAGAGGCGACAAUCAUUGAAUGUGGAACAGCGCGUUUUGGAGGCAGCCACCGCAGAAUUGGAGCGCAAACAGGCUGCGCAAACCACUGCCACGCACGAGAAAUCUGUGGCAGAGAUCUUGCGGGAGAUGGGGAAGGAUGUUGGUCCCGACACUUCUCCUUCUGCUGCUGCCCCUGCCGCAGCCGCAGACGGCACUGCGGAUCCUCCGAAAAAAGCUCGAAGGCGACGACAGAAGAUGCGUUCGACUCCUGUGAUCGGUGGCGGCUUGUUUGGAGAGGGAGCAGACAAGGAUGAUGAGGCUGGUGGCGCUGAUCAACGAGGUAAAUUCACCAAAGCGAGUGCGCUCCCUUCAGCGAAAACCCUGUUGGAGUCUUUCAAGGGCACUGGCCAUGCUGCCGAAAUCACUAUCGAUGGCGAGGUGUACAAGAUCCGUGUCAACGAAGCUACCCUCAAAAGCCUCCGACAAGGAUACAGCGGAGAGAUGCUGGACAGUCGUGGUAUUUCGGUCAGUGGAGGUUUGACGAUUCAGCAGGACGAAGCCACGGUUGUGAAUCGACUGCAGGGAUUUGUGCGAAACGCUCAACUUGGUCAGAUCAAAGAAGAGGUUGCCGACGCUUCAGAAACUUCAGGAGAUGACCACAAGGACAAGACAGCAGCUUCCGAGAAAGAGGGGGCAGUCUCAGCUUCAGAUUGAGCUGGACAGUGAACAAUCAUCUUUUCCCCUGCCUUUUUACCUGAAUUCAUAGUGGCCCCGUGCACCGUUCCGUACUUCCAUAAACGAUGUCUUGCAAGGGC